AAGUAAACAGUUCACUUCCGGUGUUGUGUUCCGUAUUGACGACUGUCAAACGCCAGACUUCCUCGGACUUUGUAGUAUGGUUUAAUUCCUCUCUCGGGCCGCCGUCGGUGUGAGGUGAGCGGGCUGUAGGAGUUCCGCAGCCGGACAGGAGGGAUCAUGGUGGGGCUGCUGGUGGUGUUUCUCGGGGGGUUGCUGGAGGUCUGCUGCGGAGUCUCGGCAAACAGAGGGGGUUAUCCCUCUUUUACGGACGAAAUCCCUUUCAAAAUCACCUGGCCGGGCGCUGAAUUCACGCUGCCAGCUACAGGGGGACUGUACAGGGAGGAUGACUUUGUCAUCAUGACAACAACAGAGAAGGAGAAGUAUAAAUGUCUCCUGCCCUCCCUGACAUCUGGAGAUGAGGAUGACGAUAAGGAGUACACUGGGCUCAGUCCGGGGGAACUGCUGGAGCCGCUAUUCAAACGAAGCAGCUGCUCCUACAGAAUUGAGUCAUACUGGACAUAUGAAGUAUGCCAUGGAAAGCAUAUAAGACAGUACCAUGAAGAGAAGGAGACGGGCCAGAAAAUUAGUGUUCAAGAAUACUUCCUGGGGAAUAGGGCACAGAGGAGCGAGUCAACCGAGACAGAUAAAGUUGAAGAGGCAGAACAUGUCAAAUCCGCAGCUGAAAUUGAAGUGCCCUCUAAGAACAUAGAAGGUCAGCUGACUCCCUUCUUCUCGCUGGAGAUGGGAAACGGGACCCCUUGUGUGCUGAAACAGAACGAGGCUCGCUCAACGUCUGUGCUGUACGUCUGUCAUCCAGAGGCCAAGCAUGAAAUCUUGUCCAUCGCUGAGGUCACCACCUGUGAAUAUGAGGUGGUGGUGUUGACGCCGCUGCUUUGCGCACACCCAAAAUACAGGUUCAAGUCCUCCCCGGUGAACGCCAUCUUCUGCCAGGCUGUGGCAGGCUCCCCUUUGCGGCCUCGGCGGCUCACCCAGCUGGAUAAGGAGCAAGAGGAGCAGCUUAAACCGCCUUUCAGCACCACCUCUGGGACCAGAGAGGAGCAGACGCCACCGGUGAGAGAGGAGGCCUUCACCUCCACUCACAAACCCAUGACGGUUGGAGGCCAAUCUCAGGUCACUGUCGGCACCACUCACAUCUCUCGUUUGACGGAUGAUCAGCUGAUCAAGGAGUUCCUUAGUGGCUCGUACUGUCUGCAUGGGGGCGUAGGGUGGUGGAAAUAUGAAUUCUGUUACGGCAAGCAUGUCCAUCAGUACCAUGAGGAUAAAGAGCAGGGAAAGAACACCGUGGUGGUCGGGAACUGGAACGCCAUGGAGCACGGCGAGUGGGCCAAGAACAACGUUGCCCGAUCCUACCAGCUCAAAGAUGAUGGAGUGCAGAAAGUCAAGUUGGUUUCCCACUUUUAUGGCCACGGGGAUGUGUGUGAUCUGACAGGGAAGCCCAGACAGGUCAUUGUCAAGCUCAAAUGUAAGGAGUCUGAGUCUCCCCAUGCUGUCACUGUCUAUAUGCUGGAGCCUCAGACUUGUCAGUACAUCCUUGGGGUUGAGUCCCCGGUCAUAUGCCGGAUUCUUGACACUGCUGAUGAACACGGACUUCUGUCAAUCUCCAGCUAAAUGAACAAAGAUCAUAUGACGGCAACAGGACAUGAAGGACAAGGAGAGAGAGAGAGAGAUGCACUUGAAGAGAGGACAUUUUCAUAAAGCAGAAGCCUGUUUGGUGGAGGAAGAGAGAGAUCCCAUGACACUGCGUGACAACAACAGCCCAAACCAAGGUUAAAGGCUGGACUUCACUUGGCCAGUAGGAGCGCAGCAUCAGACCACGUGCUGAUAUUUGCAACGGGCAAUGCUACAUCCAGCAGGCUGGCUAAGCCUUUGUGAUGACAGUCAAUUGGUGCAGAUGCCUCACUCCACAAGGCCUGUACUCUAUAUGGAUGCUUGACUUUGUGUUGAUUAGUUGAAGCAAAGGAGUUAUCAAUUUUGUGUGUGUGUGUGUGAAUAAGUAGGUGCUUGACUGUCACUUUGUACUUGUAGAUCGGGGGAAGCAAAGUGUGUUUGGCAGCAGUGAGAAUGUGUAUGUUGUUCAUUUACAGGAUGAGUGAGUGUAACUUAUGCAUUAGUGGGUGCAGUGGAAUAGCAACAAAGGUGAAUGGUUGAUUAAAAUUUCCUUUAAGUUUGUUGGAUGUACAGAAUGUCUGUGGCUUUGUCGAUGCACACUGGAAUUCUGAUUAAUACUGUAUCACAGGGAUACAAGCCUUGCAGCAAAGAAUAAAACUAAAACAUGGAAUCUCAA